UAAUUUCAUAUAAAGUGUUAAUCUUUUUGAUUUAUAAGUGUUGAAAAAGUGUUAUUUUUUUACUGUUGUUAAUAGACUCAUAUUUAUUACAAUUUUUAGAUGUAAAUAGUGAAUAAAUAGUGAGAGAAUGAAAGUUGAGGAAGUAAUUUGAGUUUGAUUAUGGAGGAAAAUAGUGCAGAUGAUCAGGGUUCUGGAUGGCUGCAAGUGAAAAAGAAGCAUCGAAGCAAUUCAAAGUUUUCUUUCCAAGGAUGGGUGGGAGGGUUAUCUAAGAAACAGAAUUCUAAUGUUGUGGUCCACGAGGAUCGACAAGUACAUAAUGAAACUUCAGUUGUUAACCAUAACGAACCAAUUUCAAUAACUAAAGAUUCCAGUACACUUGAUUCUACUAAUUCAAACAAUAUUGAUAAUCUUCCUACCGAAGAGAAGAAAGAUGUGAACUACCUUGAUAAGUGUGUAGUUAGCCAUGUCAAUGACCAUGAACCUCUACAAGUUGAUAAUCUUGCUGCGUUACCAAAGAUAAAAUUUGGUAAUUUGGAUGAUGACGAUGCUGUUAUUGGCAUAAAAUUUGGGGAUAUUGGAAACGACAUUACUGAAAUUAGUUCUGUUGAACCAAAAGAAAAGGAAGUUGAACCAACCAUUGAAGAAAAUUUUAGAUCAGAAGAAUAUGAAGAGGUGAAGGAGGUCUCAUCAGAAGACAUUAGGGUCAAAUUUGUAAACGAGGAAGUGGUUAGUCAAAGUGAUAUUAUUUUUCAAGUCCCGGGUAACGACUUAAGAACCAAAAAUCCUGAAGCAAGUGGCUCAGAAAAUGUCACGAGUCAGGAUUCAAGUCUUUUACAUGAUUCUGAGAUCAUGUCAAAUGAAAAACCGAUAGCAGGAGUUCAGCUCACUCCAGAACUCAAUGACGUACCGGGAGUUCCGAUUAUGGAUGCGACUGAUUCAGGUCAAACUGAAGAAGGUGAGAGUAAAGAGCGGUUUAGGCAACGGCUUUGGUGUUUUCUAUUUGAGAACCUUAAUCGGGCUGUUGAUGAACUGUAUCUUUUAUGUGAACUUGAAUGUGAUAAAGAUCAGAUGAAAGAGGCCGUUCUUGUUCUUGAAGAAGCAGCAUCUGAUUUUAAAGAAUUGAAGUGUAGAGUCGAAGAGUUUGAAAAAGUAAAAAAGUUAAGUGAUAAUCCAACAAUGACCAUGAAGUCUGAGCAACGCAGGCCACAUGCACUCUCAUGGGAGGUGCGUCGUAUGACGACGUCACCGCACAGGGCUGAAAUACUGUCUUCAUCUCUCGAGGCAUUUAAGAAAAUUCAACAAGAACGAGCAGACAUGAAUAAUAACAAUUCUUGGAAAACUGGAUUUAGUGAUUCUUAUGACCGCUCUAGAAGUGGCAGCAUAUUAAAUAAGCAUCUCUCUAGAACUGACAGGGCAAGUGGUUCUAGAGAACCAGCAAUGGAUUCAGGAAAACGUAGUGGAGUUAUGGUUCUUCCUAGACAAAACUCAAGUAGGGGAAAGAAGAAUCCUGAGCUUGGAAAGAACAAGGAAAUGGAGAAAGCAGGUUUGAAGAAAGAUAAUUUUAAAUCCGUGGAUCAACUAAGAAGACCAACUUAUAUAUCAGAAAGAGACAAAGAAAAAACAAACAAUCUUAAAGAUGCAUCUUCUAAGUCAAUGGAUGCAUGGAAGCAAAAACGUAACUGGGUAGAUGUAUUAGCAUCACCAUAUUCUCCAUCUUCACGUUUCUCACAUUCACCCGGCAUGAGUAGGAAAAGUACGGAACGGGCUCGUAUUCUCCACGAUAAGUUAAUGUCACCUGAAAAGAAGAAAAAGACAUCACUUGAUUUAAAAAAGGAGGCAGAAGAAAAGCAUGCACGUGCCAUGAGAAUAAGAAGUGAGCUAGAAAAUGAAAGACAACAAAAGCUUCAAAAAAGCACCAAAAAACUUAAUCGUGUGAACGAAUGGCAAGCAGUACGUAGCACGAGGCUGCGUGAAGGAAUGCACGCUCGCCACCAACGUAGUGAAACUCGCCAUGAAGCUUAUUUAGCUCAAGUUGCAAGACGAGCCGGUGAUGAAAGUACUAAAGUUAAUGAAGUCCGCUUCAUUACUUCAUUAAAUGAAGAAAACAAAAAACUUAUGCUGUUACAAAAAUAUCAGGAUUCAGAAUUGAGAAAAGCCGAGAAAUUGAAAGAUUUGAAAUCGAAACAAAAAGAGGAUAUGGCUCGGGAAGAAGCAGUGUUGGAAAGAAAGAAACUUGUUGAAGCUGAAAAAAUGCAGCGGCUUGCAGAAACACAGAGAAAAAAGGAAGAAGCUUUGUUAAGAAGAGAAGAGGAAAGAAAGGCAUCGAGCGCAGCCCGUGAAGCAAAAGCUAUGGACCAAAUGAGGAGACGGAAGUUUUUAGCCAAAGCCCAACAAGAAGAAGCUGAGCUAUUGGCUCAAAAAUUAGCCGAGCGGCUCAGAGAAAGUGAACAAAGAAGAAAGUUCUAUUUGGAACAAAUUAGGGAAAGAGCUUCAAUGGACUUCAGGGAUCAAUCUUCGCCUUUAUUAAGACGAUCUUUGAAUAAAGAUGGCGCGAGUAAAUCAGCUUCAUCCAUUGGUGGUGAAGAUGAUCAGCAAGUUAGUGGUGGUAUUGCUGAAGGUGCUGUGAUUCCUGCUAGAAACCUGGCAUUACAGCAUUCUGCUAAAAGGAGGAUUAAGAAAAUUAGGCAAAGGCUAAUGGCUUUCAAGUAUGAACUAAGUGAACCUUUUCUGGGUCCCGAAAGUGCAAUUACCGGAUAUCGAGCGGCUGUAGGAACUGCAAGAGCGAGAAUUGGGAGGUGGCUACAGGAGAUUCAAAGACAUAGGCAGGCACGAAAAGAAGGGGCGGCGAGUAUUGGCCUAGUGACUGGUGAUAUAAUUAAGUUUUUGGAUGGAAAGGACCCUGAACUGCAUGCUUCUCGCCAAGCUGGUCUUCUUGAUUUUAUUGCUUCGGCCCUGCCAGCUUCGCACACAUCCAAACCCGAAGCUUCUCAAGUAACCAUAUACUUCUUAAGACUUCUAAGGGUAAUUCUGUCUUUACCCGCGAAUAGAAGUUACUUUCUAGCUGAAAAUCUUCUUCCACCAAUGAUACCCAUGUUGGCAGCAGCCCUUGAAAACUUUAUUAAAAUUACAGCAUCAUCUUCAAAUGUUGGUGCCAGUAAAACGCUAAUUGAGAAUUCUGAAACAAUAUCGGAAGUCUUGGAUGGAUCUUUAUGGACUGUGGCAGCCAUUAUUGGUCAUUCAAGCUCUGAUGAACGCCAGCAUCAAAUGCAGGAUGGUUUGAUAGAGCUUGUGAUUGCAUAUCAAGUUAUUCAUCGACUGAGAGAUCUUUUUGCGCUAUAUGAUAGGCCGCAAGUAGAAGGCUCCCCAUUUCCUUCGUCAAUUCUUCUAAGUAUCAAUUUAUUGGUAAUUUUGACUUCCAGAAAUAGGUCUAAAUCUUCGAUUGACUGGGAAUCUUAUCCACUUAAAAGGAUGCCAAUAGAUCAAUCCUCUACGGAGGAUGUAGAUCUGGGAGGUUCUUUAUUCAAUUUAAGUGAAAAUGAUGAAUCAUCUUCCAGAUGGUUGCAAGAUGUUCCUGAGGAUCGACCAUUGGAUGACAUGUGUAAGAAAGAUGAAAAUAACAUGGUAGAUAGUGGUGGAGAACAGAAGAAUGGAAAUACAUUGAAAAAUAAACAGCCUGUAGCAUAUCUUCUCUCGGCUAUAUCUGAAACGGGGCUGGUCUGUCUCCCUUCUUUGUUGACGGCUGUGUUAUUGCAGGCUAACAACAGAUUGUCCUCAGAACAGGCUUCGUAUGUUCUUCCGAGUAAUUUUGAGGAAGUAGCAACUGGGGUGCUGAAGGUUUUGAACAAUUUAGCUUUGAUGGAUAUUAACUUCAUCCAAAUGAUGCUAGCAAGGCCAGACCUAAGAAUGGAAUUUUUUCAUCUGAUGAGUUAUCUUCUUACUCAUUGUACCAGCAAGUGGGGAACAGCUACUGAUCAGACUGGUCUGCUUCUGCUUGAAUCUUUGUUGCUUCUCGGGUAUUUUGCUAUGUUCCAUCCUGAAAAUCAAGCUGUUCUUAGAUGGGGAAAGAGUCCCACAAUUCUUCACAAGGUAUGCGAUUUGCCAUUUGUUUUCUUCAGUGACCCCGAGUUAAUGCCAGUCUUGGCUGGAACGCUAGUAGCAGCCUGCUUCGGGAGUGAGCAGAAUAAAGGAGUGGUCCAGCAAGAACUUAGCAUAGAGAUGCUCCUUUCUUUGCUUAAAUCAUGCAAAAAUGGCUUGCCAAAAUCCCAACCUGCCCCAAUAGAUGAGUCUACCGACCCAACUCAGUCAGGCACCGAUUCAAAAAAACUUCACGGUGACUCCUCUCAACGAUCAAAUAGGAGAAUCACACGUGUUCAGUCAGUAAAAAGUGGUGCACUUGGGAACAGCAAUAGAAGUGUAAAGAUUCGGAAUCAGAAAGAUGGAAGCAAAUCAACGAGGGGUAGUGAAGCGAAUUCAGAAAGUUGCUCCAAUAUGAUGCUCUAUUCAAGAUUUCCUGCAAGUUUUAUUGACAGAGCAGAGUCGUUCUUCUCAUCAGAAACACCAGUUUAAGUGUAAAUGAAUUUUCUUGUAAACACAAUUUCCCAAGUUAAAUAAUAGAGGCAACAUAAGCUUUUGAUCUC